UCUAUUUUUUCUUUCUCUUUUGUGUUCCCAUACGCAAAAUCUUCCGGUAUCUGUUCUCCGUUAAACGGAGCAACAAGGCGGAAGAACCAUUUUGUCUUCGGUCGGAACGAGACCCUUUUUGGUUCUCCGGCCGAAGAUAUGGGAACCGGAGGGAAAACGUUCGACGCUCACGUGAUCCCGGCCACGUAUCAUCACAAGCACGUGCGUCCUAUGGCCGGCGACGACUCUGAUCUCCGGAGAGGCAUCGGAGAGCUUCUUUCGCGGUGGGGAGGGCUUCAGAUGGCCGUGAAGAAUAAGUGGGGAGGCAACGAUUCUCUUGAGAAAUCUCAAGAGCUUGCUCACCAUCUUUUUCAUCUCUUGUCUCAAACAAAUGUAAUUACGGUGGAUGAGAUAGAGAGUUUUCUACAUGAGAGCUUGCUUCUUUCUUUCAACACAGAGAUGGAAGAUGGCAGCAUUGAAGAGGUAGCUGAACAAUUGAUGAUACUUCAUGAAGAGAGUUGUUUGCAUGGGAGUCAUUAAGCCAAAGAUGAAUGGAUUAAUUAGUUUUGGUGGGUGGGCUAUUUGAUCGUCCUUUUUGUAUAAUGUAAACUAUAGAUAUGACAAUUUGGUUGAUGACAAGAUGUGAUUAGUUGAGAUAUUAUAGAAUAUAUGAAUCCAAG